CUAUAUGGCGGCGGCUCUGUCGGGCCUGGCUGUCCGCCUCUCGCGCUCGGCCGCCGCCCGCUCCUAUGGGGUCUUCUGCAAGGGUCUGACCCGCACGCUGCUCAUCUUUUUCGACCUGGCCUGGCGGCUGCGCAUCAACUUCCCCUACCUCUACAUCGUGGCUUCCAUGAUGCUCAACGUCCGCCUGCAGGUUCAUAUUGAGAUCCAUUGAAGGCAUUGCGCUGACUGACAGAGGCGUGUCGUCCAGCUCACCACAUCAGAGAACACGCAGCAUGAGGGACAGAGUGGGAGCUCUGGGCACCUGCCUCGGGAAGGUGAAGGGGGCGGGAGAGGACUCAGACAGGCUGCUGUAUGGACUUGGAAGGGCACAGGGGGAGAGCCUUUGCCCGACAGAUGCACCUUCCUCCUCCUGUAUGCAAAUACC